GCAAGGAAACGUCGUCAGUCCGAGAUGGACCAGUUGAGUGUCAUGACGUGCCAACAGACAUCUACCGUCCAGCAGCCGAUGCUUGAGGACAGUAUUGCGUUAUUGCCUUUGACAAAGUCAUUGAUGGAGAAUCAAUCUUUGGAAUCCAGUCAAUCGACUCACGAAUGUUGCAAUUCGGCCGCCCUGCAUCGCAAAGUGGACACGGCCAUGGAAGAAAACAUUCUGAUGCGGCAAUCAAUCAACGACAUGACUUUCACUAUGCACCAGUGGGUUCGUGUCAAUCAACAGCAAAACGAACGUGUCAGAUUAAUCGUUGAAAAGCUGAAAGCAUCCGAACAGGAAAGGAAGGUCUUGUUUCAACAUUUAGAAGCCAUCAAAAUUCAGACGAAAAUUCGCGAAUCCGAGUGGGACGCCGAACGGGACCGGUUGGCCACUUUUCAGGGGAAUCACCGAGAUAAAACGAGCAAACAAGUCAUUUUAAAGCUACAAGAAGAGAACUGGAAACUGCGUAAAGCUCAUUCGAGUGCCUUGGUCUGUCGACAAUCGAUUUCCCGUUGAAUUGCCAACACGUUCGAUCGAAUGUCAUCGAUAAUGGGCACACGUUGAAUCAACAUGCCCCACCCAAGUGAUUUUAAUUAAAUAUCAUAUCGUCAUACCUUGAAAAUUAAAAAAUUAAACAAGUGUCGUGUAAAACCCGAAUAAAAAUUAAAAAGAAAUGUCCCCCCCCCCCCUCGUUAAAUGUUAAAAAAAAAAGAAGAAAGGUAGACCAGGUGUUGAAACAAGAACCUUGCGCUAAUGAUUACCGACAUCGUGUAAUAGAUGCUAUACAUAAAACGCAUUGUGCUGGGUUCUUUUUAUAAGGCAAUUCAAGGGAAUAUUCUAACUGUCGGUGAAGGUGCAAUUUCUUAUUAGGUGCUUAUGGUGUAGGAGGUGUAUACGAUAUCUUGCCCGUGUUGAUCCACUUGUGCAAGGAAAUAUACAAGACGAUUGUUUAUAA